GUUGGCAGAUCCGAAGAGGCCAGUAGCUUUAGCCGAGGGACAUUGAAUGACUUUGGACCUGUGUGUGGCCGCCGGGAAAAGAAAGUUGUACAUUUGACAGGUCUGGAUUUGUAUUGUCGCUAAUGGAGGCCUUGAUACCUGUCAUCAAUAAACUGCAAGAUGUUUUUAACACGGUCGGCGCGGACACAAUUCAGUUGCCGCAAAUUGUUGUUGUGGGAACUCAGAGCAGUGGGAAGAGUUCAGUCUUGGAGAGUCUGGUAGGAAGAGACGUCCUGCCUCGUGGAACUGGCAUCGUCACACGCCGACCCCUCAUCCUACAGCUAGUGCACAUCGACUCAGAGGACUGCAGGAAAACUAGUGAAGAGAAUGAAUCCAAGAAAAAUGGACGCCUUUACAGAGGCAUUGAUGGAGAGGAAUGGGGCAAAUUCCUACACACCAAAAACAAGAUCUACACAGAUUUCGAAGAGAUCAGACGUGAAAUUGAAGCAGAGACAGAAAGAAUAUCUGGCAAUAACAAGGGAAUUAGUGAUGAACCCAUUCACCUGAAAGUCUUCUCACCACAUGUUGUGAACCUUACGUUAGUGGAUCUACCUGGUAUCACAAAAGUACCAGUUGGAGAUCAGCCCAAAGACAUAGAGAUCCAGAUCCGGGAGUUGAUCCUUAAAUACAUCUCUAACCCCAAUUCCAUCAUUCUGGCUGUGACUGCUGCCAAUACAGACAUGGCGACAUCGGAAGCUCUGAAGGUGGCACGGGAAGUCGAUCCUGAUGGCAGGAGGACAUUAGCUGUGGUGACUAAGCUAGAUCUGAUGGAUGCUGGUACAGAUGCCAUGGACGUGUUGAUGGGUCGAGUCAUUCCUGUCAAACUAGGCAUUAUUGGAGUAGUGAACAGGAGUCAGCUGGAUAUCAAUCAAAAGAAGUCAGUGGCAGAUUCCAUCCGUGACGAAUAUGCCUUUCUACAAAAGAAGUACCCUUCACUUGCAAACAGAAAUGGAACCAAAUACCUGGCCAGAACACUGAACAGGUUACUCAUGCACCACAUCAGAGACUGUCUCCCUGAGCUCAAGACCAGGAUCAAUGUGUUGGCAGCUCAGUACCAGUCCCUGCUCAACAGCUAUGGUGAACCUGUUGAUGAUGAGAGCGCUACACUGCUGCAGCUCAUCACCAAGUUUGCCGCAGAGUACUGCAACACUAUAGAGGGCACUGCAAAGUACAUAGAGACAGCUGAACUAUGUGGUGGAGCAAGAAUCUGUUACAUUUUUCAUGAGACUUUUGGUCGAACGUUAGAGUCUGUGGAUCCUCUGGGCGGAUUAACAACCAUUGAUGUGCUCACAGCAAUCAGAAAUGCAACAGGCCCAAGGCCUGCUUUAUUUGUGCCUGAAGUUUCUUUUGAGCUACUUGUGAAGAGGCAGAUCAAGCGUCUGGAGGAGCCCAGUCUGCGCUGUGUGGAGCUGGUUCAUGAGGAGAUGCAGAGGAUUAUCCAGCACUGCAGCAACUACAGCACACAGGAGCUCCUGAGGUUUCCAAAGCUCCAUGAUGCCAUUGUGGAAGUGGUAACUUCUUUGCUCAGAAAGAGGCUCCCAGUCACCAAUGAAAUGGUUCACAACCUGGUUGCCAUUGAGUUGGCAUACAUCAAUACCAAGCACCCUGACUUUGCUGAUGCCUGUGGCCUCAUGAACAACAACAUAGAAGAGCAGAGACGUAAUAGAAUGAGAGACCUACCCUCUGCUGUUCCCCGAGACAAGCCUCUCAGCAUGUAUCCUCACCCGUCUUACUCCUCCCUCCAGGCAGCAGCCGGUGGCGCUCAGAGUGGCCCCGUCAGCGAGCAGAUGGACAGCGGGACAGGGAACUGGAGGGGAAUGCUGAAGAGGGGAGAGGAGGCGGCAGUUGGCGAUAGAGCAUCAAGUCAGGGUCCCCUUCCUGCAAGUCCACAGAAGGGCCACGCUGUCAACCUCCUAGAUGUGCCUGUUCCAGUGUCCAGAAAGUUGUCUGCUCGGGAGCAGAGAGACUGUGAGGUUAUCGAGAGACUCAUCAAGUCAUACUUUCUUAUUGUACGGAAAAACAUCCAGGACAGUGUACCGAAGGCAGUGAUGCACUUCCUGGUGAACCAUGUGAAGGACUGCCUGCAGAGUGAGCUGGUGGGUCAGUUAUACAAGACGGCCCUGUUGAAUGACCUGCUGACAGAGUCUGAAGACAUGGCCCAGCGACGCAAUGAGGCCGCUGACAUGCUCAAGGCAUUGCAGAAAGCCAGCCAGGUAAUCGCAGAGAUCAGAGAAACCCACCUGUGGUGAGACUGACCUCAUUUCAGACCGCUCAUUUCCACACAGACCAUCAUCCUCACGGACCAUCCAAACCCACAACCCCCUGCUGUGUCUCAGAAUCUCAAGAGACAAACAACUUGAAAAUGCACUGCUGUUCAUAUGUGUAUAUCAAACUGUAGUUUUAAUGUACAAUAAAGACUUGGAUUGAAUGAAUGGCAGCAGCUAUCAGUCUGCCAGCUCCAUCAUCAGCAUCACACCUGCUCUACUUUUAGACUAUAUUUUCUUAUGUAAUUAAUGCAAUAAAAAUAUAGAUAAUGUUAUUCAUUGCCACUAUGUGGAGCCUUGCUGAGGAAUGUCUGCUCUGUGAUAAUAUAUAGAUACUUUCAAGGCAGAAAAUGUACUUAGUGCUAAUUUUUCCAAAGAAAUGAAUUUACUUUAGAUAUUUUUAUUUGGUUUCCAUAAUGACUAGCUGAAGCCUCCCAUUUUUACACUGUCUUCUGUUUCUGGUAAAUAAAGUAUUAUUUUUAUGUCAAAAUGACACAAAUAAGAUCCUUAGUGGUCCAGUGCAUUACCAGUAACGAACUGGUCGCUGCAGCUGCUUUUAGACUUGUGUUUUUGUAUAACAGUGUUUUCAGACUUUAUGGCUCUGCAGCUAAUGGUCUAAUGAUCCAAACUAACAUUAACCCUGAUCAAUUAGUAGUUCAAUUGUUUCAAAGUGAUGUAGUUUCCCAUCAGCAGUGGAAAACCAAAAGAUUCCUCAUUGACUCGAUAUAAGACAAAAAAGGGAAUGAAAACUGGGUAAAUGGUCUCCUUUGAGAAGCAAACAUUUGUCAUUUAUUGCAUGAAUAGUCACUGAAAUUAUUAAUAACUUAUGAAAUAGUUGCCAUUUUUCCACGAGAUUUACUCAUUGGUUCAUCAAACAUGUUGCAGCUCUUAGCAUCAUGUUUAAGAAAGUACAUAAAGAGAUAAUCUGUAGCUUGCAGAAAGACAGCAGAGCAGAUGGAAAGACUUAUUUAUUGACUUGAUGUGCUCAUAAUGGACAUGUAACCCAACAGCAAUACAGCGAAUACACAGACAAUAAACACAUGAGCCAAUCA